AUGCAUCUUUCUGUUCAUCUCGAGAAUGGUCAAAGAAUUUACUUCACAACUGAUAAUGCCUCAGAAAAAGUUCAGAACCCUAAUAGUACUACACUUUUAGGAUUCUUUGAGCUAUGUAAAAAUGAUUCUUUUGCAAGAACGCUUUUGUAUAGUGAAGUUCCAGCUUAUUUUAUUUGGAAAAAUAACAAGUUUAGCCGAAGAAAGCAAGGAAAGGGUGUCUCAGGUCAUCCAGGAGUCAAACAAGAUCAUGUGAUUGGGAGAGUCUAUACUGUACACCCUAACAAUGCUGAAUGCUAUUACUUGCGACUAUUACUUCAUGAAGUACGUGGACCGACUUGCUUUAAUGAUCUCAAAACAGUGUCUGGAGUAGUUCAUCCAUCUUAUCAAUCUGCCUGCCAAGCUCUUGGGUUGUUGGAAGAUGACACUCAUUGGGACCGAACUCUAGAAGAAGCCGCUAUUAUUGAUUCUCCACAAAAAAUCCGUCAACUAUUUGCUGUUUUAUUAGUGUUUUGUCAGUUAGCUGACCCGUUAAAACUUUGGGAAAUACAUAAGGACAGUAUGUCGGAAGAUUUGAAAAGACAAUUGGUAAAUGAUUACCCAGAGAUUGAUAUUGAAACCAUUGUGGACGUUGUUCAUAACAAAUGCUUAGUGCUGCUAGAACAGGUCGUCUUUUCGAUGGGUAACCAUUCACUUCAUCAGUUUGGACUUCCUUCACCAUCUCACGAUGCGAGUGAAUUAAUUGUUAAUCGUGAUUAUCUGAGAGAACUGUCUUAUGACGUAGAACAGCUAUCUAAAUUAGUUUAUCACAACAUAACAAAGCUUAAUCCUGAACAAAGUCAAGUUUAUUACGAAGUUAUAAGAAGUGUUGAUUCAGAUUCUGGACGUGUUUUUUUCUUGGAUGCUCCUGGUGGAACAGGAAAAACGUUUUUAAUGAAUCUGUUGCUAGUUAGCGUAAGAAUGCACAAAAAAAUAGCGAUUUCUGUCGCUUCCUCUGGAAUAGCAGCUACUUUGUUGGAUAGUGGAAAGACCGCUCACUCUGCUUUUAAACUUCCUAUCAACUUAAAUUUUUCUGAAAGUCCUUUAUGCAACAUUUCAAAGCAAAGUGAUGCAGCACAUGUACUUAAGGAAUGCAAGUUAAUUGUUUGGGAUGAAGCUACAAUGGCUCACAAGGGAGGAGUAGAAGCAUUGGAUAGAACUCUCCAGGACAUCAGGAGUAGUAAUCGCCUAAUGGGUGGGAUGACCGUCUUACUGGCUGGGGACUUCAGGCAAACACUACCUGUUGUUCCUCGAGGAACUCGUGCUGAUGAGGUGAGGGCCUGCCUUAAAUCAUCCUACCUAUGGCCUAAAAUCCAAGUGAAAUCCUUACGAGUCAACAUGAGAGUGUACCUUAGAGGCGAUCCUGAGGCAGAGGAUUUUUCCAACUUACUCCUUCAAAUAGGAAAUGGAGAUUUACAAGAAGAUGAUGAUAGGAAAGUGAACAUUCCAAACAAUUUGUGUUCAGUCGUCAAGGAUCUAAAAAGUUUGAGUGAGCAAAUAUAUCCGAAUUUAAAUAUUUUACAUUCAGAAAACCUGACUUGGCUGAACGAAAGAGCCAUUCUUACACCAAAGAAUGACACUGCAGCAAGCAUCAACGACUCCUUAUUGGACCAGUUUCCUACUGAAACGGCGAAAUAUUCAUCUGUGGACUCUGUUGUGGAGUUGGAUGAUGUAGUUAAUUACCCUGUAGAGUUCUUUCACACUUUAGAUCCACUAGGAAUUCCACCUCACAAUCUAUGUUUAAAAGUUGGAGCUCCAAUAAUGCUAUUGCGUAACCUUAUACCUCCAAAACUUUGUAAUGGCACACGACUUCGGGUAAAGACCUUCCAUAAACAUGUAAUUGAAGCAACUAUCUUUACAGGCUGCGGUAGGGGAGAAACAGUUUUUCUACCAAGAAUACCUUUAAUUCCAUCUGACUACCACUUUCAAUUCAAACGGCUACAGUUUCCCAUAAAGGUAUGUUGUGCCAUGACAAUUAAUAAAGCUCAAGGACAGUCUUUGAAAAUGGCAAGAGUGGAUUUAAGGAAUGACUGUUUCUCCCAUGGCCAAUUAUACGUAGCCUGUUCACGUGUAAGCUCUCCUGAUAUUCUGGUAAUACUGCUUCCCGAAGGAAGAACCAAAAAUAUUGUAUACAAGGAGGUACUAUAA